AUGUCAUCUUGGAAUUCUUCAUACAAUUAUUAUCCAUCGUCAUUAUAUGCAGAUAUACCGCUGGCCUGUACUCCUUAUUAUUAUUCGUAUCCUCCGCGAGCAUAUCAAUCACCUUCGUCAUUCGAACGUUCGUCUGUCAUAUCGAGAGAACAAAAAGUAAAUUUACACCGUCAUGAUCGAAAUCAAUCGAAAAUUCUCGAUGAUAUCAAACAACCUUCUGAGCAAACAUCGAUAUCAUUCCAUGUUCAUAAAACAACGAAAGGGUAUCGAUUUAAUUUACACAAAAGAAAAAGUCAUUCACGUGGUAAUAAAAAACGACCGAUGCAAACAUCAGCACCGGCGGUAUCACGAGCGGACAACGCUACGCGUAACGAUGACUCCAUAGAUAACUAUUCUCAAAUUUUGAAGAAUCAAUCGUCAAAUAUCACCGAGAUAGAGUUAGGUGGUAUACUGAACAAAAUUACAAGUGUUAUGAAGAAUUUUAAUAGUAAUAAUAUGGAACAGCAGCAACAUCAAUUACCAAUCUUGAUCGAUAUUCUUAAUGCACUGCUAGAUGUCAAUUCAGUCAUGUUAUCAUCAGUUUCACAGAAUAGCUUUUUCUCUAUCUGUCAAAAAUAUUUGAUUGAUAUAUUGCAGCAAUGGCAACAGAAAGGCUCUCUAACAGAUGAUCAAACUUCUACAUUCUCCUCUACGGUUAAAUUAGCAUCUAUUUUGACUCUUAGUACGACUCUCAUACCGUCUUGGUUAUCUGACUCUACACUUCUCGACACUAUUGCUACUUCACUCACUCACAUAGCCAACACGGGCAAGUUUCUCGACGACAACAACAAACAACCCUUCAGACACUUCACUCAUCUCAUACACACCUAUACUCUCUAUCAACAGCAUCUCAGUCAACAUCCUCACUCCAACAAAGAUACCUUCAUCCAGCUCCUUCAUCCCGUUCAACUCUGUCUCACUUCCACUCAUUUCGUCCAUUCGUUCGCUACUCUCUCCAACUCACUCACAACAUCGCACAAGUUCUUUCUUCUCAAAUGUCCUGCAUUCAUCAGCUCCUAUCACGGCUCGGCACUCGAAGAGACCAUGCACACUCUCUUGUCCACAAUGCUGCCACACUAUGUCACCAUGUUGGACAAGGCCAUGCCUUCGUGUUCUCACUGGAGUCAGUCGAUGAUUCGGUGUGUCGACGCGUUGCUGAGCAUGAUCAACCAUGGCACAGGCGAGUUUGACAACAAUGUGAAACUAGUGAGCGAACACUUACCACUGAUCGAUCAUGUUCUUCGACUGGUGGACGAAGCGUCGUUGUACGAGAAUAUUAGCGAAACGCUGUCGAACGGUGAGACACUGCUGUUGAACAGUGCCAUGCGAUUUCUGGUGAUAAUGAAGAAUGAAUCGAAUAUUCUUGCGCAUAUGAAAGAAAGUCACAAGACGGAGUCGUUUCUUCGUUUGACAUCAUGUCGAUACGAAGGAAUAGUGCUGAAUGCAUACACACUUCUUGCCCAUGCAACUCACGAGGAUGAUAUCAAGACAAUACCUAAUUUGAAUGAGAUACUAGGUAAAAUUCUUCAAUCGCUCAAGUCAACACUCAAAGAGAAAUCUGAUAAGAAAAGUCAAACAAAACAACUUCUGAGUAUUCUGAAAGGACUUGUUCAGCAUGAUCAAGUCAAGGAUGAAAUCAAUAAACGAAACGUCCUCCCGUAUCUUGUCAAUUUGACAGAUGAACUAACAGGAAAAUCACUCGUAUUACUCUACGAAAUUCUAUGGUCUUUAACAUUCUCGGAUAAUAUCGCUCGCGCCCUUCGUAAUAACUCAGCUUUUGUUGAGAAAAUUCAAAAUGUAUCCAAGGGCGACAGUAACGAAGCGAUGAAAAAAGCAGUUGAUGGCCUUGUAUGGAAACUUCUUAAAGAAUCAGCUUUUUUACAAAAAGUAGUAGACCAUGAAGUUGAGGCACAAGAAGCAGCUAGAUCAAAAGGUACAAUUCGAGACAGAGAAAGUGAUGGCGAAACGGCAACGCUUAAUACAAAAGAAGAUAAUAUUUCGUCUGGAGAAAGAUCAUUUCAAUAUGACAUAAUGAUAUCUUAUUGUCACACAGACAAGGAACUCACAUAUAAGAUUUAUAAAUUUCUUGUUGAUCAAGGCUUCAAAGUCUGGAUCGAUCUGGAUAAUAUGUAUGGACCUGCAAUGAAUGCGAUGGCUUAUGCAGUGGAAAAUUCUGAAUUUGUGAUCAUGUGCAUGUCUGAUUCCUAUAAACAAAGCACAUAUUGCCAAGCCGAAGCUGAAUAUGCCUUCAACUGUAAACGACGAUUGCUUCCAUUAAUCAUGAGGCCAGGUUAUCGACCGGAUGGUUGGCUUGGCUUCUUGAUUGGAUCGCGAAUCUAUGUUGAUUUUGGUCGAUUUGAUUUUGAGACAGCAUGUGGAAAACUGAUGAUGGAAAUCAGUUUACAACGAAGAGAAGCAGCUUCAAAUGUAUCUGUUAAUCUACUAGACCAUAUGUCACCUACAGCGGCAACGGCUUUGAUUACAAAUCCUCUGGAAAAGGAGAAGAAACCAUCAUUGAGGAAGCUUUCUGAGCAAUCAACUGCAAACAAAGAUAUAUUAGCGACAAUACUCAAAUCCGUUCAACAAAACACUAAUUUUCUUCGGAAACACAUCGAAACAUGGACACCCUCGGAUGUAUUGAAUUGUCUUUUGGUGCAUCAUUUACAAAAAAUCAUUCCAUUAUGCAACGAAAUCAAUGGUCGUGAACUGGUUCAAUUGCAUAAAAUCUGCACCACUCAUCGACUUCAGGCGUAUUCUAUAAUUAAAGAUGAACUGAAAAGCGAACAUAAAAUACAAAUCACUAUCAACGAUUAUACCAGAUUAUUAACUGUUAUUGAAGAUGCAAUGAAAGCAUCUGAAUCGUUGCCAACUACUUCAACAAUACCAGUAAUAACAAGAAUAACACCUCCACCACGCUUACCAUCACCAGCACCAGCAAAAUUGCUAUCAUUUCCAAUGAGUGACUAUCCACUCGUCACUCCACCGAUGACGUUUAUACCUGCUCCAAAUAGGAAUAGUUCGUAUGAUUUUCUAGUGACUUCGAACGCCUCAGCUCUCGAAACCUUGAAAGUAGUUCACCGAUAUGGUUCUCAGCUGAAUAUUCUCGAUUGUCUUCGUCGCCGGCUAACCAAUGUAUUUUAA